AUAAAUUGUCUUUGUUGCUUCAGGACAGAAACCUCGUAGGCUGUUUGACUGGAUAAGGACUCCAAAAGUGUGAAGGGACUAGAUGGGCGCCAUGGUGACGGACAGCUAGGGAACGGGAGAGGGGCCUCGUGAAUUGGAAUGCCUGUUCAAAUACCCAAACCAGAGAUAAUGGAUGAAGAUCAACUAAUGAAAGAAGUCUUGGAUAAGUUUGUCAACUGUCAUGAGCAAACCUAUGAAGAAUUUCUGAGCACUUUUACUCAUCUUUCAAAAGAGGAUAAUCUGGCCAAAGGGGCAGCACAUGGAACCAAUUCAUCAGAAAAUAUGUUUACUACCGAAAAAUGGAAUCAAAAAAUUGAAUCAAAUGGUCGUCAUUUUAGACCGUCAAGCAUCUUUCUUCAUGCUUCAUCUGAAUACUCGGAAGAGGACCAGAUUGUGAUCGAUGAAGGCCGCAUAGUUGGCAGUUCCUUUCAAGGUGAUAUGACCCGGGCUGGAAAGGUGAAGGUAGACAACUUCCUAGACUUAGACGAUGUGGACAUGGGGGAAGAGAGGAAGCCCCAGAUGAACCAGGAUUGGCUGCUGCUUCCCGGUGAGGUGGAACAGGGUAUAAGUACCAGUGUCCCAGCUUACGUUCCUUCUGUGGACCGGCCUCUGACUUCUGAGGUGAAGCCCAAGCCUGCUGUGGGAAAAACUCAGAAGCAAACCGAAGAGAUACUUGGAGAUGAAGUUCAGCCCUUCUUUCUUGAUGAAGAAUUUGAUUAUGACAAUGUGACACUCACUCCCAAGUUUACUGCUGGAGAGUUAGCAACCAUCCAAGAGCUGUCCAAGCAAAAGAGAGUGGAUUCCAAUACAGACGCCUGCGAACUCCAUGCCUGAUGCCCCUGUGUUUAGUUUGAUGUUGUUCAUACUCAAGCAAUGUUAGAAUAAAGCAUAUGCCAACUGAUUCCCUCUGUGGAAAUUUACGUGGCUA